AUGUUUAGCUAUCUAAUCGUCUUCCUUAAAGCCGAUUAUACAGAUAGUAACAGAGAAAUAACACAAUCCACACUAAAUGGAAAUCCAUAUAAUGCGAAUACUCAGCAUUAUCUUUUCCAAUACGUCACCUUUAGUAACAUUAAUCAUUAUGGAAAAUAUAUUAUUAAUUCAGCGAAGUAUAUGCUGAAAAUGGAACAUUGUUCAAUGUACAAUUGCCAAACAUCAAGUGAAGGUGUUAUUUAUGCUAAUAAUGCUCAAAGAAUUGAGUUAUCAAAUUUUUGCUUCAAAAAUUGUGUUGCAACUGCAACUAAUGGAGCAGUUCUCCACGUAAUAACAAACCCAUCCGAGAUAACCAAAAUCGAUAACGUUGCAAUUAGUGGAGUUAAUAAUGGAUAUUUUGGUAUUGAUGGACGAAGAUGCGAGAUCAGAUUUUUAAACUCAUCAUAUAGUUCACCAUCCCUACAAAUGCUAAACAUUGUUAGCUUAAAUGCAAAUGUAUUUGCAAAUUGUUAUUGCAUUGACAGUACAUCUUAUUACUCCGGAGCUUUAUACCUAGAGAACAUGAAUGGAAAUAUUCUAAGAGAUGCUCUUUUCUACAAAAACAAAAAUAAUGCUUUGGUAUUAAGAGGAUGCUCAGCUUCUAUUUCAAAUUGUGGUUUCGCUUAUAAUGAAAUGGACAUUUCAUUACAGUCAUCAUCUGUUACAGUCUAUUCAUCCUUAUUUACAGAUUUUACUUCAAAUAACAAGUACAAUGUCAAUUUUGGUGAUUCCUAUUCAAAGACAAAAGGUGAAGGCAUUCCGCAGAUAGAUUUUAAUAUUCAUAACCCUCUUGGUGAUUCCAAUCGUCAAUACAGAUACCAACAAAUACCAUUAGAUGGACCUCCAUAUGCUGAAUAUAUUCCAACACCAAUAUAUAGAACAAUUAUAGUCACACAUUAUGUAACAGCAUAUGAAACACCAUUUUCUACUGCAGUUUCAACAGCAUAUGAGACACCAUUUUCUACUGCAGUUUCAACAGCAUAUGAGACACCAUAUACAACAGCUCAUUCAACAGCUGCUGAAACAGUUUUUGAAACUCCAUUCUCAACAGCAUCAACAACAGCAUAUGAGACACCAUAUACAACAGUUCAUUCAACUGCUGCUGAAACUGCAUUUGACACUCCAAGUUCAACCGCCUCAAGUACAGCAUAUGAGACACCAUACACCACUGUAUUUGAGACGCCUUAUCAAACUGUCUAUGAAACUCCAUAUACAACAGUUUAUCAAACAGUUUUUGAUACUCCAUAUUCAACUGCAUUUUCAACAGUUUAUCAAACUGCUUCUAUGACACCAUUUUCAACAGCUUAUCAAACUGCAUGUGAGACACCAUUUACUUCAGCAUUUGAAACAGCUCAUCAAACAGUAGCUGAGACACCUUUUUCAACAGCUUAUAAUACUGCCAAAGAAACACCAGGAAAUACUCCAAACAUCACACCAGAACUCUCUGCUAAAGAAACACCAAUGAAUACCCCAUAUAUAACUAUGGCCAUAACCCCUAAUGAUACACCUUAUAUAACUCCAAGCAUUACAAAUAUAAAAACUCCUCAUGAGACAGCAGCAUACACACCAGAUGAAACAUUUUUUCGAACUCCUUAUCUUACAGUGCUUUCAACUGUACACAUGACAGCUCACGAAACACCCGUAAUUACGUUUGCGCAAACUCCUGAAAUAACCCCUGUGGGUACUGUUAAUGAAACACCAUUUAUCACGGCUAAUGAAACACCUGAAUAUACACCAGUUCUCACUCCAUUAGAAACUCCAAGUAAAACACGUAAUCCAAAUUGCGUAUUGGAUGAGGAGAAAAUAGAACACAGAAAGCGAUAUAAAAGAAUCAAAGUUAUUUUUGCCUUUGGUCAAGGCAUAAAUAACAUCUAA